CUCCCACUGUCACAUACCAGCAUCCACCACUCAUUCCUUCCCUCAUAUCACCACCCUGUAUAUUAGGGAUUCAAUUUCUACCCUACAUCCCACCUAUCUCUGAUCAGCUACUAUGCGCCAUUAUGUUUCCCGGCAAUCGCAGUGCCCGCAAGACGUCCAUUCGCCACAAGCGCCACAAGCGCAUGCAAUUUCCCGUCAUCUCUAUUUCCCAACGCCCACUCAAAGUCAAAAAGAGCUUCACAUCCGCCCGCGAAGCCACCAUACCCUUAUCAUGCGUCGUAAUCUUAGAGGCUACAUUGGCAGACCAUAAUCGGCAUCUGGAGACAAUAUUGAGACAUGCUGAGAGAAGAAUGAAGGAGUAUCGGAAUAGGGACGGAGAGAACGCUGAGAGUGAGGAUUCCCAGCUUGUGGAGCCAUCUCUGAGCAAUAUUACCGGAGAAAAUCAGAAGAAUCACGAUACUGAGGGAGAGGGUGCUGAGAGGGAGGAAGAGGAUAUGCCUUCGCUGGGGGAGGUUGAUGACGGUGAGGGUGCUAAGAGUGAAGAAGAGGGAUUUGAAGAGGGAGAGGCCAAUUCAGAUGAAGCCCAGGAGGAUGGAGCAGAAUAAUGUAGAGAGGCCCGGGGUGGCUUCAUGUAGUUGGCAGGAUUGCAAUCGGCGCCGU